GUGUUCUCUUACAGCUCUUUCUUGAAAGAUACUACAGGAACCUCAGACUGCAGUGUCUCUGGAUUUCACAUACUACUAAUAAUCAGCAUGGCGUAUUGGUGGAGUUUCUCGGCUGAGACGUGGGCUCUGAUCGUGAUCCUCAUCAGUCUCAUCCUGCUGUAUGGGUACUGGCCGUACGGUUUCUUUAAGCGUUUGGGAGUGUCUGGUCCUAAACCCAUACCAUUUUUUGGAACCCUGUUAGAAUAUCGUAAGGGAAUCCACAAUUUUGAUCUGGAGUGUUUUCAGAAGUAUGGCAGGAUUUGGGGUAUAUAUGACGUGAGACAGCCGGUCCUCUGUAUCCUGGACACAGAGAUCAUCAAAACUGUCCUGAUCAAAGAGUGUUACUCUCUCUUCACCAACCGCAGAAAUUUCCGUCUUAAUGGUCCUCUGUAUGAUGCAUUGACCAUCGCUGAGGACGAGGACUGGAAGAGAAUCAGGAGUGUUCUAUCUCCAUCAUUCACCAGCGGAAGACUGAAGGAGAUGUUUGGAAUCAUGAAGUCACAUUCUCGCUCUCUGACUGAAAAUCUGCAGAAGGUGUCUGAGCGAGGAGAAUCAGCAGAUAUUAAAGAAUUUUUCGGAGCAUACAGUAUGGAUGUGGUGAUGAGCACAGCGUUUGGUAUCGAUAUCGACUCCCUGAACAACCCCAAAGAUCCGUUCGUAUCCAACAUCAAGAAACUGCUGAAGUUUGAUUUACUCAACCCUCUGUUACUCACUGUUGCACUCUUCCCCUUCAUCACACCGGUGUUGGAGAAAAUGGAUAUUUCCAUUUUUCCGGCUGCAGUGACUGAUUUCUUUUACACCUCCCUGCAAAAGAUCAAGUCUGAACGUCUGGCCCAAGAUCAUAAGAAACGAGUGGACUUCAUGCAGCUGAUGAUCGAUUCUCAGAAAUCAGAAACAGACGAUCUGAACAUUAAAGAGUCAAACAAAGGUCUGAAUGAUCAUGAGAUUCUGUCCCAGUCCUUGGUGUUCAUCUUUGCUGGUUAUGAGACGAGCAACAAGACUUUGUCGUUUCUCUUCUACAAUCUGGCCAGUAAUCCAGAGACGAUGAAGAAACUCCAGAAAGAAAUCGAUGAAACCUUCCCUAAUAAGGCUGAAGUUGAUCAUGACACUGUGAUAAACAUGGACUAUCUGGAUGCUGUUCUGAACGAGUCACUGAGGUUGUACCCGGUCAUUUUUCGUCUGCAAAGAGUCUGCAAGAAAACGGUUGAAAUAAAAGGCCUCACCAUCCCAAAAGAUACUGUCAUUUCAAUCCCCACUUUUGCCCUACAUAGGGACCCUGAAUACUGGACUGAGCCAAACACCUUCAACCCUGAGAGGUUCACUAAGGAGAACAAGCACAGCAUCGAGCAGUAUGCCUACAUGCCAUUUGGUUUAGGGCCCAGGAACUGCAUCGGCAUGACAUUUGCCCUGGUGAUCAUAAAGCUGGCUGUAGUUGAGAUUCUGCAGAGAUUUGACAUCAGUCUUUCUGAGAAGAUGAAGGUUCCUCUGGAGCUGAUCAACUCUGGAAUUCUGUCUCCUAAACACCCCAUUAAACUCAAAUUCACUGAUCGGAAUGUUAAAUUCUGACUCCUGUGACAACCGCUACGUUAAAUCCUAUACUCACAAUGGUUUUGAUCAUUUUUAUCUUUAGAUUUUUACUUUAUCUUUCAGAAUAUUGCAGUCACACUGUAUUUGAGUUCAUGCAGACAUUGGUAUGAGGUGUGUAAUGAUCCAUUAUUCAGUGAUUUUAAAUACUAAUGAUGUUUAAAGUGUUAACUUGUAAAAUGUUGCAUAUUUCUCUCGCUUACACGUUACAUAAAGGGAUUUAAACAUCAUGUAGAACAGUUCAGAUGGGUCAUUAAGACCUGCAGUUGGACAGGUGCAUAUCGGUUUCUCUAAACCCCGGACCAACUCAGCACUCAGGUCAUUAGCCAGGAAUUAUGACAAGGAAUUCUUUGUGACGUCUAAAAACAUGUUCUGGUCUUAUUGUUCAGUUGGUGUGGUCUUCUAACAAUAUAAAAAAAAGCCACUGUACCAUAGACAAUGCAUCAUUCUCAAGCUUAUUUAUAUCAUUCUGUAGCCUACGAACAAAUCUGUAAAUGUCAGAAAUUGUUCUGCCUGGAAUUAGCCACCAUUAACACCAGUAUAUAACAUGCUUCUGCUUUUUCACUGUACAACUGUUGUUGUUUUUUAUUGUAGACUGUAAACAGGUAACUUUGGAGCAAUAAAUAUCAAUAUCUUUCUUAUAUCAAUGUAGCCUGGAUGAUGUUAUUACACAGCAGCAUGAUCUGACGCUCACCCAUUCUUCUCGUGUAGACGUUUAGAGCUAUUACCUGUUUAAACAAUCAGUCACAUGUUCUAAUGUCUUUGAGCACUGGAAAAAUGGGUGUAACAUAAGGUGACUAAGAAGGCCCUUAUAAGAAGUUAGUCCUUUCUGAUGCCACCCAUCCACUGUGGACUGAAUUUCAUCUGCUUCCUACUGGCCAGAGAUUUAAACUCAAUUAGAUAUAAAAAUUCCUUUCUUGAAAGUUCCUGCUGCAGUCAUGAUUUUAGGUGACUUAUUAGAAAAUUAUAAAUGUGUGUUGUGUUGCUGCUGUAUGUAUGUGUACUGCUGUCUACAUAAAGAAUUGCCAAGGACAAAGUAAAG